AUGGCACCAGCGCCCUUUCUUCCUGGCCUUGGCUACGCCGGUAGCCCUGCGCCAGCUUCCAGUGGCGUGGCUAGCCCGAGCAACGCAGACCCUGAGCAGGCUACAUUGUAUCAGCGCUACGAGCUGCUACAGCAGUACGACAAGGAAAAGACCGACUUCAUCAGUGAGCUACUUACGCGCUAUGAGUACUUGAGCCAGCAAUACCAAACUCUUGCCUCGCAGAGUCAGCAGGAUGUUCAAGGCGAAGCCGCGUGGACAGUCGAGAAGCCUAUGUACGAGAGGUAUUUGCAACAGUAUCAGCGCGCUCUCUCUGAGAACCCUUUCGUCAUGGUAUUGAUUGAUGGCGACGGCAUGAUUGUGAGCAAUACCUCCCUCUAUAGGGCUUUUCUCAGCGAGAACAUUCGCGAUGGAGAAGCGGGAGGUCGACGCGCUGCAUCACAACUGGACAUUGCAGUGCGCAACUGGAUCGAGAACGAAGCCAAAGAGGUGCCUCUCACCUCCCGUGUCAUUUGUCGAAUCUAUGCGAACGUUCGAGGCCUCGGAGACGUGCUGGUGAGGAUGGGUGGGAUCGCAGCAAUCGAGGACUUUGAGGACUUUGUGCGAGGUUUCACUCGAGCGAAAACUUUGUUCGACUUCAUCGACGUCGGUGCCGGGAAAGAUCGCGCGGACGAGAAGAUCAUUGGUGGGUGCCAGCGACAUGCAGAGCUCGACAGCACAAUAACGUGGAUGACAGAAAACUUCAAGGUCUUUUCACAAGACUAUCACUGCCGCAAGCUACUAUUCGGCUGCUCGCACGACAACGGAUAUGCACGGGUACUGGAAGAGUGCUCAGACAAACCGGAGAUUGUCAGCAAGGUCAUCUUGCUCGAAGGUGUGCCUUUCGAGAAAGAAUUGCUGCCGCUCCCGUACGGUACGAAAAAGUUUCCGAGCAUAUUUCGAGACUCCAAGCUUGUGGCAUUGGGCGCCAAUGCUCCUGCUCCUGGUUGGCCGCGCCAGCCAUCCGGUAUAAGCACUUCAGCUGCAGCUUCGAAAGUCUACGACGUGUCAACUGGACUUCCCGGUCGCUUCCCGGCGCCGUCGGCUCAAGUUAUGGAUAGUCCUGUUCCAGCCAGGGCGACUUUGAGCUUGCCACGCACACCCCCAUCGUCCACAAUAGCGUUUAACGGAUUUGUAACUACCUUUAGGCCUCGUCCGGCUAUCAACAGCUGGGCGGCCAAGGCUGCUGCUCCUCCGCCUUCAGCGCCUGUUUCACCGGCGUAUGAGCCGGCUGACCGUAACGAGGUCAUUGCCCGCAAUCGAGCUGGACAGCGCAUCGAUCCACCAUGCAAGGAUUACGACAAGGUCAAAGUAGAUCGCAUCAAGAAGCUCAAGCUGUGCAACGUUCACUUUUUGCGCCAGGAGUGCCCUUACAACAUGCAGUGCACUCACAAGCACACUUAUCAGCCAAGCCGCAGCGAGAUCGCCACCCUACGUCUGGUUGCGCGCAUGUCGCCUUGUUCGAUGGGCAGUGCUUGCCAGGAUAUCAAGUGCAUCUUUGGCCAUCGGUGCCCUGCUCCGGCCAGCAACAAGAGGGUACCCAAGGGGACCAAGUCUUGCAUUUUCACGGAAUCUUGCAAGUUUCCGAUUGAGCUACACGACAUUGACAUCAAUGUCGUCAAGACGCUGGUGAUUCGCUAA